CUAAGUUUCUUUUUCUUCACACUUACCUACAGUUUCAUAAAAGAAAAUAAUCAAACAGUUUAAGAAGAUUUUAUGUGGACUCAAUUUGUUAGAUAUAAAUUUAUACUAACAAAACUUUUUAUCAAUUUAAACUUCAUUUUUGCUUACUGUAAUUAUCUACAGUAUAUUAUAUGAAAAAUGGAUAAGAAGAAUUAUGUUAUUUGUUUACAAUCAGGCGUACGAGUUUGCAUACUUUGGGUGGUGAUUCUAACUCUGUGUAUUCAGAAUCAGAUAAGCAGAGUCUCAGCUUCAGUCUGCUUAAAUGGUACUAGCGUGGUUCUGAUAGACCAGGAGAAACAACUGUGUUGUGAGGGAGUAUAUAACAGAAGGGAUCAGCAUGGUCUCCAACAAGAAUGUUGCAGAAAAAUAGAUGGAAAUGGCAGUGUAGUAAAAUUACAAGUAUAUGCUCAACAGAAACAGAUUUGCUGUGAAGGGGAACUACAUGACUUACCAAAACACCACAGACGUCAUAGUCAAGAACCUGAAUGUUGUGGGACAGAUGUUAUUUUUAAUCCAGAAUCCAGCUUCUGUUGCAAUAAUCAAACUUAUCAAAAGUCAGAGCAAUUUGCUUAUUGUGAUGACAGUUAUGGCUUGGAAGUUGCUGUUGGACGUGGCCAGAUGGUCUGUAAACAAUGGACACCAAAUGGAACUUUACACAGAGUAUAUCAAUGGCAGCCAGGCUAUGAAUGUUGUGGUCUUAAUCUAUCUAACACAAACAGUCACUUUUGCUUUGGAGAUAAAAUCUGGCCAAUUGGAGCAGUUGUUUCUGAAUGUGGGGUGGAGAUAUAUGAUCAGAAUAAAUACAUCUGUUGUGAAGAUACUUCCAAGCUGAUACCAAAACCUGGUCCAGAUGAAUUCGAAGCAAAAUAUUGGGGUAUUGAAACAGACUUAGCAUGUUUGAACGGCACGGUUGUAAACAGGGACCUAGAACAGAUUGUUGAGAAUAACAAUAAGAAACAUGUGGUACCAAACAACUUUCUACCUUGUGGUGAUGGUUACUUUGACCCGGACAACAAGAGAACGCAGGUAGACUGUUGUAAUGGUGUGGUCAACCACGCAAGGCCGGGAAUGAAUGUCACAUGCUGUGGCACUGAUUUCAUUGAUACAGACUUGUACCAGUGUUGCAAUGGUGUAAAAAUUGGGGCAACAAAGUUGUGUUGUGGAAAUCAAAUCUAUGAACGAACUAGUGGCCUUGAGUGUUGUGGGACUAAGUUGAUAAACAACUCUUACCUCUGCUGUGAACCACAAUCAAGUAUAAGAAUCCCAGUCAAAAAGAAGCCGGGACACAACAGGUGUUGUGGGAAGCAGACUUUUUAUUAUGACCCAAAUGGAAAAGAUGAAUGCUGUGGAGGAAAGAUUAUUAAAUUGGAACAAAAUCAGGUCUGUGAAAAUGACCAUGUUGUUACAUUUAGUUCUGAAGACUCAGAAGAGGUGACAGAGCAGAUAAAAAACUUGCCAUCGGUUAAGCUACCAAGUGAAAAUUUGCAAAAAAGAAUCAAGAACAGUGCUUGCCCUUCCUGUAUCACGUAUUUUGAACCACCAAAGCAGUGUGUAAAAAAGUUUGAGUACACGGUGUACAUAAGGGAUAUUAGCACUAAAGGAACCAGAACCAUUAUUGAUGUUCUUUUUUUGGAACCGAACAUUCUGAGCAAAGUCAAAAUGGUCUUCCGCACAAAGGGUCAUUGCCGCUGCUUCAAAGAAGAUGAGGUAUAUCUGUUUCAGACCAACAGAAAUAUACAUGCAAAAGUGAAGUCUGGACACAUGAAGCUAAGGUUCUCUAAAAAGGACAUAUUUCAUUUAUUUAAGGGAAAGUUUCCUCAGUACAAAGUGGAUCAGAAGUGUACAAUAGACACGUCUUACAGAAAGCCUAUAGUAUCUUAAUGAUAGGUUAAGAUUUAGGAAAUUUUAGCUAGUCAGAUCCAGUAUUGUCUCAGAAUUCCAGCUUUCUGAAUGGUUGAUUUCAAUACACUUGAAAUAUCUAAUUCAAAAUGAAAUUUAAAUAUAGCACAUGCAUAUUGCAUGUAAGCUGGAUCUUACAAUCUGUGUUAUUAUUGAUGUUGAAUACAUAAUAUGAGCCGCGCCAUGGGAAAACCAACAUCCGUGCAGUCUGGGCAGGAUCCAUGCUGUUCACUAACAGUUUCUCUAAUUCCAAUAGGCUUUGGAAGUGAACAGCAUGGAUCCUGACCAGACUGCGCAGAUGCACAGGCUGGUCUAAAUCAAUGCUGGUUGCAGACGCGCUAUGUUGAUUUUCUCAUGGUGCGGCUCAUAUUUAUAAACUCUGCUCAGAGUAAUGGCAGGAGUAUGCAGAUAUUGAGGAAUGUUUUAUAAUCUCAUUUGCUAGAACUACUUGCUCAAAUUACUUCUCUAUGCUCAAACUCAUCGAUCGGUCCUGGCAAAAUCUCUGUGUAAAACAUUGUUCUAUCUCAUAUUUCUUUAACACAGAAACCUGGACCUUUUAAACCAAACCUCAGGACUGAACAAUUUCCAAUGUUGAUAAAUCAUAGAAACAUUUUCCUACACGCUACCUAGAACUUUGGUUUAUUACCAUUGUUAAAAAAUACUGAAAAUUUAUUUGACACAACUGUUCCUUACAUUAGUCUGAGAAGUGUACUUCAUCAUAUAAUUCUGUUUUAAACCAACCAAGAUGCCAAAUACCAUUUUGAGAUUUUUAAAAAUCAUCUACUUAGUAUUUAAAAAACUGUAAAAUACUCUGCUACAUUUUUAGAUGUGUCAGAAUUCACUCUACACACAUCCUUGUUGGCAUUACCAGGUAUAUAAUAGGGUAUUGUUUUUUUUUCUGCAAAGUUAUAUUCCGCUUGAGAGGAUUUAGCCUGGCAGAAGCCACAUGAGCUGAAUGUAUCAUAGCUGAUCAAGGGACUGUUUUAAUGACUUUUAUGUUUCUAGUUUUAUAUAUGUCAAAUUUUUAUUAGCCAGAAUUGAUUAUUGUUUUAGGUAAAUAAGAAUAAAAACUUGUUUGAAACUUCAUGAUGCAAGAAAUAUUGAGAUAACAUCAUUGCAUCAUCAUGACUAAAACAAGUAGUCCCAACACUGCUUAUUUUCCAAUCCAAUGGGAGUUGAAUAAAGGGUUUUGUACUAAUAUUCUGUAUUUCAGACAGAAAAUUGGUAGGUAUAUAAUAAAGUGGUGUACAUUUAGGUACAAGUAUUUAUUGUGCCCUGAAAUGAUAGUUUAUUACUAAUUUAUCACCACCUUUGACUGAAAAAUUAAAGCAUUUGUAUUUUCUAUACAGUAUCUUGUUUAUUGAUAAAGUAUUAUGUGCCAUAAUUAUUUCUAUUUUACAAUAUUAUAAUCUCUUUUUUGGCAUACAUUAAAAACCAUGACAUAAUUCUCAUAUAUUAUUGUAUGUCUUAUUUUUGGUAAUUAUUUAGAGAGAGCAGAUGAACAAAAGAUUUGUUUUAUUUCUUUAAGUUUAAUUCUUACAUAGUCAUGUAUGGAUAAUGCAUGUUUAUGAUCUGCAGAAUCUAGAGGGACUGGUUGGUACCUAGCAUGAUAGAGCAAGGGCACCAUCAUAUUGUAAUGGAUUCCUGUGUUUUAAUUAUGCAUUACAGGGCCAUAAUACAUAGGUUUAUGUUUUGUGUUAAUAACAGACAAUCUCCUUAACACACCCUUACUCUUAGACUGUAAAAACUUCUUGAAAAUGACAAAAACAGUAGUUUUUAAUGCUAUGAUGUUCAUUUUUAAUCAAUCCUUGACAUACAAUAUCAAAACAAUAUGAUCCUAUUAAUCAGUGAUAAUGCAGCUAAGUUUUCAGUAAUUGCACAUUGUACAAUUGCUUGUAGAGUUGUUCUAAUAAUAUAAUUGUUAAAGAAUAUCAAAGAUAUUGUAUGUAUAAAUUUCCUUAGUAUGUUAAAUACAUAUUUGUUUGUAAAACAUUUACUCUAUUUUAUUUUUUUUUUUUUGUUAGAGAAAUCACAUUGACUUUGUGCAAUUCUGUAUGUAUCAUAUUUGUUGAUUAUUUAAUAUGUUAUAGUCAGAUUCAGAAUAACCUGCCAGGCAAACUCAUAUUUUUAUAGCACCGCUAUAUGUUGUUAAUUUCGAUAAUGAACUUGUCCAUCUUUCAAUUUGGACAGUACAGUUGACUGUUAAAAGAAAGACUUUUUACCAAAAAAAGAUAAUGACUGAAUGGCGAACAGUGCAGAAACUGGUCAGACUGCAUAGAUGUGCAGGCUGAUCAUGAUCUACACUGGUCGCAGAGUCAGAAAUGAUCAUCUCCAGCAUGACAACGGUUAAGAGUGUUCAAAAAUACAUGUAAACAUUGUAUAAAUAGAUACACUGUGUCUGUUCCAAGAUGGUUAAAUAGUGUCCAAAAAAUGCAUGCUGUCUCUUUUUAUGUGAACCACUGGCCAGUACAACAACUAUUACAUUUGGACUGCAGUAGCAAUGCACCCAUUUCCAGUUUUCUCAGACAUCUCUCAUUUUAAUUUAUUUGCACACAUCUGUUGCCUGACAGGUAAUUUUGAAUCCAAAAUAUAAAACAUUGUUUUUAUUAUUGUUACAAAUAUUUUGUGUUUUAUGUAAUUUUACUUGUACAUUUUAUAAUUUUAAAGUGGCUUUCUUUUUUUAAUUUUACAUAAUGUUUACUUAAGAUAGUGUAUGGUUAAAACUAUAACCACAGAUAAGCUUUAAAUGGGCAUGUAUUACAAUUUUCAUUUUUUUUUGUAAAUGCAUUUAUUUUAUUUUUUUCAUUUAUUAGUAAUUGUAAAUAAAAAGUAAAACCCAAGCAGUUCAUGACAUUAAGCCAGUAUUCAUUGAAGAAAACAUUCUUGUAAUCUGUUAAAAAUACAGGAGGUCUCUAUCACAAAAAAAUUGAAGUCGUUUAGAAAAAAAUAGGUGUACAUACACAUAAAAUACCAAGUUAAGUAGAACAGUUACAGAUUUUCAUUUUUCAGUAUUUCAUCUAUAGAUGUUGCUUCAUUAUUUUGUACAUUCUAAUUUUUUAUGGCAGCUAAUGUAUUGUAUUCUCAUAACCAUAAUAUCGUGCCAUCAACAUCAACUAAAACAAAGCAAGUGCUAUUGUAACAUUUUUUCCUUAAAAAGGAAAUGACCUUCAUCAAGAUAUUUUACUGUAGUUUUUUGCACCAAAACAUUAACCAUAUAAUUUUCAUAUUUUUAAAAAACAUAGGGCAGUUAUGAUAUAAAUGACAACUACCAUUGUAAGUUUUUCAUAAUGUUCACAAUUUGCUCACGGAUUCCAUUUUACAUAUAGAUCCUCUAAUAAUGAAAAACAUUAUCUUCUCCAUACAUUUUUUUAAUCCACAGAUGAAGAAAAUCUUAGUGGCAGCUUGUAGAGUGUACAUGGACUUCAUUGCAUUUAUUUUUAUGCCUCCCCAUUGGGGGCUGGAUUGGGGGGGAGCAGAAUAUAGCAGUUGCAGCAUCCGUCUGUCCGUCAGUUUGUUCAUCAUGAGUUUGUAUCUGGUCUGUAGUUUUGUCAUUCAUGGAUGGAUUUCAUAAAGACUUUGCUCAAAUGAUCUGUAUGGUAUGGUCAGGUGUCGUGUUGAAGAACGGUUGCCAUAACUCUACCCAUCUUACUUUUUGAAUCGCCUCCAUUUAUAGAAUGUGCAUCCCAAUCUUGUCUGAUCUGUAACUUUGUUGUUAAUGGAUGGAUUUCGAAAAAACUUUGCACCAAGUUUUUGCAUGAUUUGAUGAUGUGUUAUUUGCAAGAAUCUUUAGGGGUACUUUUGAUAUUUUAAUAGUGGGUACACUUUGACCUAACUAGGUGGGCACAUUUUGGUAUUUUUGAGUAUAUUUUGACAUUACCAUAUGGGUACAUUUUGACCAUAAUACCUCCAGAUUUCCUAUCUGAUCUAUAACUUUGUCAAAAGAACAAGGCACCAAUGAUCAGCAUUACAUGAUGAUGUGUCAUUUGCAAGAACCAUAAUUCUACCUUUCUUCCUUUUUGAGUUAUCUCUCUUUAUUGAGUGCUCUUGUCCAGGGCAUAAUUCUAAAACUUCUGUAUGGAAUGUAGGCAAAUAAUACAAUAACACACAAUAAUUGAGGAAAUUUAGAGGCAGUUUCACUGUACACACACCUUAAUCUACCCUUCUUACUUUUUCAUUUAUCUGCCUUGAUUGAAUGUGGCUCGGUCUUUAACUUUGUCCUUUAUGGAUGGAUUUGACCAAACAUUAACCCAGAUAUUACAUAUCAGCGACCACUUCCAUUCAAAUGAAGCAGUAGUGGGUGUUUGGGUUCAUUCACUUUUUCAAAAGUAGUCUGUCUCUUGUUGCAUUUUCAAAGAAAAUAGGGCAAACUAUAAGAUUUACAUGACCAUAUCACAAUACUAGUAUUCGAAUAGGGUAUUUUUCAUUAUAAAAUGAAAUUCAUAUCACAAUUUACAUAUUUUCUUUGUUACUAAAUACAUCUUGAGCAUACAAUGGAAAUUAUUCUUACUUCCUAUGUUGGUCCGUGUUAUUAGUAUUACUGAAAAUAGGGCAGUAUGGGAGUAAAUAAAAGCAGUGCCUUGUUGGUUGGAAGACUUGGUAAUCAGGGCCCUGUUUCCAUAGCUACUGAUGACAAUGUUUGACCUUAUGUAAAAAGGGUUAAACAAUAAUCAUUCUACAAAACAAAAUACCACCGGCUCAAGCAUUCAUAGCACAAGCACCCAUUUUCAUUAUAUUUCUUUGUUUUGAUAGCUCAAAACAUCGGAUGACUCAAACAUUUUGCUCAACACCUUGCAGCUUCGAACAAUCUGUGUUUUACUGUAUCUUAGUUCAGAUCAGCUUCAUUUUGUUCAUUUACAUUUUUUUGUUGUGCAAAAAUUUGAAAGUUCUAUCAAAAGAUACACAUUUUGAAAUAUCAUAAUUAGUCAGCUAGUGGAAAUCUUUUUUGAAGACAAAAUAUGCUAGUGGAAAUCUUUUUUGAAGACAAAAUAUAAAGAUACACAAUUAUUGGUAAAUUCCCCUAUACUUUCUGUACUGAGGUCAUUCUUUAUUUUUAUAAUUCUGUUAUUUGUUUAUUAUAAAGCUUAUGCAUAUUUUUGUUUUGAAUAAAAGUGUUGUCAGUGACAUUGUAAACUUGUUUGUACAUUUGCAAAUUAUUUAUAUUUUUUCUUGCUAUACAGGAAGUAAAAUUAGUCAGCUUGAAAUGUAUUAAUGUAUACAACUUUAUGUUCUGAAUGUUAUUGACUAAUGAUUUCUGCAUUUUUGGUUUGUACAUUUGCAAAUUAUUUUAAUUUUCUUGCUAUACAGGAAGUAAAAUUAGUCAGUUUGAAAUGUAUUUGUAUACAAAUUUAUGUUCUGAAUGUUAUUGACUAAUGAGCUCUGCAUUUGUAAUCUGUUUAGUAAGAUUAUACUGUGAAACAAAUCAUUUAAUCUUUAGCCUGCUGGUGGCAAGUGAUUCUGCUUUUGCAUCAUUGCAGACCAAGUUCUGCCCACACAUCAAUGCAGGUUGUUCAUGGUCUGCAUUGUUUGCUAUUCAGUCAGUAAAUUUUCAGAGACCACUCCUUUGAAUAAUAAAUGGUACUGUCUAAAUAUAUUGAUGGACCAGUCCAUUUCAGAAAUUUAGGCAGGUUAAAGGUAAACUUUGUCAGUUUGUGGGUAUGAAAUUUCGUAGUUUUGGCCAAAACAGCUUUAUGAAUUUCUACUUUUGAAAAUAAAAUGAAUGGGAAAUGUUACAGGUUCAUUGGGAUUUAAUUGCUUGGAUUAACCUAAACACAAAAUCCACGAAAAUUUAGUCAUCCACAAAUAUUAAUGAUUUUACAGUAUUAUAAGAUAUUGUUUUGAACUUGUAUUUGUUGAUAUGUUUUAUUUAUGAAUUUUAUUUAUGAAUUUUUAUAUGUUUGCUUCAUUCAGAGUUUUUUGCAAGAAAAUAAAGUGUUCUUAAAUCAAACUUUUUCUUAAAAAUAAGGCAAAUCAUUUAUUUUAACAAACAUUUUUUAAUCUUCUUUAUCAAAACAGGCAGAUGUUUUGGGUUACAAUAUUAGUAUAUUAAAUGUAAGCUGAGAAUACAGGGAAGUACUUCAUAAAAAACGACAGUAGGUAGAUAUUAUUUUAUUCAAUGACACUAUUUCUUUUCAAAAGUCAAGAUUAACCUUCAAUUCAGAUUCAUUAUACAAUGUCUACAGCUACAAGCCUAGCUCUAAAUUUCAAGCAGUAUCGGCUAGUAAAUUUAGGUAGUAACAUUUCCGGCUUUUUUACCUUAAAACAGUAUAAAAAUUGAUUACCUAUAUGUUUCAUUAUUCUUUGGUCUUUUGUUUUAACAGUUACUGGGUUUAAAGUGGCGGCACAAAGUGUAUUUUAAGAAUGAAAAACCAUAACAAAAGAUUAGGUUACUAGAUGUGUGACAAAAUAUCUGUCCACCACCAAUAUCAAUGAUUUUACAGCAAGAGUUAUUAUUUAGUUCAAGAUUUGCUUAAAAACCAAGCUUUCCAAUAAAUAGUCUUCCAUUUUGUAUAUUUAAUAAUCAGAUAAAUACAGCAGUCACUGAGGGUAUAUAAAUAUUCAGGAAAAAAUUGAAAAUACUAGUACUGGUAUAGUAUAAUACCUCACGAUUUUUUGUUGUUGUUGUUUUCAUUUCUUCUGUACAUAAUAAAUUAUUAAAUAUA